AUGAUAACUCAGUUUCCAAGAUUUCAGGGUAACUCUCUGCUUCGGAAUGCCGACCGUGGGUAUCAAAAAAAGCUUCUAAUCGACAAGCAUUUCGGACAUGUUUAUAGUAAGUUUUUUUUUUCUGAUUUUAAUAAAAUAAGUAUGUUUCAGCUGAGAAAGAGUUUGACGAGUUGUGUUUCGAAUACGGACUGGAGCUAGAUGAAGUGGUAAUGUUUUUUUUUCCAUCAAAAUAUUUUUCACGCUUUAUUGGUCAGUCAUUCUCUCUCUUCAAUGAAUAAAACUUUCAGACUUCCGAAAAAGAAGCGGUGGAGAAAGAAAGAGGCACAAGCGCUGUAACAGAGAAACUCAGCGACCAGGAGGUGUACAAAAUCGACAUACCAGCAAAUCGAUACGACUUGUUGAGCGUUGAAGGUCUCUCGCGCGCCAUCCGUAUUUUCAAGCAACAGUCAGUUUAUUUCUUGAUUAUUAAAAAAAAGGGGGGGGGAUUAAUCUUUUUAAGAGAGGGGUUUUUUUUUUAGAAUCACGGCCCCUGAGUACAAGUUUGCUGAGGUGCCAAAAGGAGGUCUGCAGAAAAUAAUAGUAAAGAGGGAAACGGCGGAUGUGCGUCCUUUCGUCGUGGGAGCCGUUUUGCGUGGAGUCACUUUUGACCCGGAAAACUAUGCUUCUUUCAUUGAUCUCCAGGUAAAAAUCGUCGUGAUUUCCUUUUUAUAUAUUUUUUCUUAGGACAAACUCCACCAAAACAUUUGCCGUAAGCGGUCGCUUGUAGCUAUUGGAACCCAUGAUUUGGACACUAUCCAAGGUAUUUUCAAAAGGUUUCAUCAGGCUCUCAAUGUGAGUGUACAGGUCCUUUCGAGUAUCGGGCUGAGGCUCCCAAACAAAUCAAAUUCAAGCCGCUCAACCAGACCAAAGAAUACACCGCUGAAGAGCUCAUGACCCUUUAUUCGGUAAAAGAAAUUUUAUAUUAGGAAGGGAAACAUUUUUCGUUUUUAGACAGAAAGCCAUUUGAAGCCCUAUCUGCCCAUCAUCCAAGACAAACCCUUGUAUCCGGUGAUUUACGAUAAAAACGGCGUUGUUUGCUCUAUGCCGCCGAUCAUCAACGGUAAAUCUAAAAGAUUUUUUUCCUAAGCGAGAUUGGAAGGGGGAUUUCCUUAGAGGUUUUUUUUAAUUUUUAAACUUGGAGAAAAGUUUUUUUUUAAUUGUUCAGCGAAGAUUAGAUGUUUGUAUUUCAAAAAUGUUUCUCGAAAAUUUAGAAAAUUAGGAGGUCCUUCUAACGAAUAAUCUUUUUUCCUCAAUCAGGCGAACAUUCCAAGAUCACUCUCAACACCAAAAAUGUGUUUAUUGAAUCGACGGCGACAGAUAUUCAGAAGGUUUUUCCAAAAAUGCAUAUUUUGAAAAGCAACUGUCUUUUUCAAGGCCUACGUUGUGCUGGACACGAUCGUGACGCUUUUCAGUCAGUAUUGUCAGACGCCUUUCACCGUGGAACAAGUCGAAAUCGAAUACGAAGCCGAUGGCCGCAAGGAAAUCACGCCUGUAAGUUUUAUUCCUGAAUUUAAGUUUAUAUUUUUGCUGAAUCUUAUAAGUAUGUGAACGCAAAAUUAGCUGAAGAAGGUAAAGUUUGUUUUUAAAAAAAUUGGUCAUUUAGAAAGACUUUUUUGAAUUUAUGUAAAAAUAAAAACGUUCUCUCACUAGUUGAGAUAUCGUUCAAGGUUUUCUAAUUAUUUCAAAGUAAGGUAAAGUGAAUAAUUUUUGGACUUUAAUAUAGUCAAGCGUUUAUGAUAUUUUUUUAAUGGCAAUUUUUCCUCAAAUUUGUUCAUUUUUCAUGUUUUUCAAUUAGUGCCGUGGGAACGGAUCGUAAAGAAUCUUUUUUUUUUUCUUGCGAAAAAUCCUUGCUCAGUUUUUUUUUACCUCGAAAAUAUUUUAUCUCAUUUCUCCGUCUACUCCUUGUGCCUGUUUAAAUUGAAGCAAUUUUUUUAUGAACCGGAUCUGUUUCUUAAAUUUUUAAGUUUUUGUCAACUCAAUUUUUCACUUAUUAGAGCACAUUUUCUGUCAUUUUGAGGAAAUAUCGAGUAAUAGUCAAUAUUGGUCGACAUUCAGCUGUUGUCGUACCGCGAAAUGACCGUGACGACGCCAGAAAUAAACACGAAAAUGGGUUUCAACCUGGACGACAACACCAUUGCGACGCUUCUCAACAAAAUGUCCCUCAAAGCCGAAGUUUCUGCCCCGAAAACAUUGAAAGUUUGUCUUUUCAUCCUUCUUCUGUUCAAUUUCGCUCCUCCAGAUUCGUGUCCCUCCGACGCGACACGACAUUCUUCACGCCUGCGACAUCGCUGAAGACGUCGGCGUUGCCUACGGAUUCAAUAAUCUCGUCAGAAAACUUCCCGAGGUUUUUGUCUUGGAGUAUUUCAAAUGAAAUUCGAAUUAUUCCAGUCCAAUACUGUCGCGGUUGCUUUUGAGCUGAACAAAUUGUCCGAACUUCUUCGCGUCGAAAUCGCCGCCGCCGGCUGGUCAGAGGUACCUUUUUCAAGAAACUUAUUCCAAAAAUGGUUCUAUUGAGUCUCCGAAAGAAAAAGUGCUGACAUGGUAAUAAAAGAGAUAGUGCUUGACUGUUGGAGAUUUCAGAGAGACCAUGCCCCCUUUAGCGUCCGAAGCCGUGAAUCGCUAUAAAUUGAAUUAUUAACAAAAAAUUGGGUUUUUAUGAGCUGAAGUAAAAACCGCGGUUGGUUGACAGUUUGUGCACAGGGAUCAAGCAAUAACUUCAGUAGUUUCGCUAUUAACUGCAUUUUUUCAUUUUCUAGAAGUCACUACACCUUUCUGCCAACCUUGCAGGGAAUUUUAUGAUAAAUAACAUGUGAAGCUUGCAUUUCAGAUGUCUUUGAAACAGAACAAGCUUUCGAUCCCCGUAUUUUUCGGUUUUCUUUGGAAUAUAUUUUAUAAAAACUUCAGGCGUUAAACUUUGCUUUGUGCAGUCGCGACGAUAUUUCGACGAGAUUACGGCAGCCUGACGCCCUUGCGCAAGCCGUUCACAUCGGAAAUCCCAAGACUUUGGAAUUCCAGGUUCCUUUCCUUCGUUUUUUCAACCUUUCAAUGUGUCUUAAGGUCGCACGGACGUCGAUUCUGCCUGGAUUGUUGAAAACUUUGUCCUCGAACAGGGAUAUGCCUCUUCCGCUGAAGCUUUUCGAGCUGCAGGAUGUCGUCCUCAAGGAUUCCAACAGUGGUGGGUGAUUUCUAGAAAUGAUACCUUGAAAAAAAGGAGUGUUCAAAAAAGUGUAGUUCAUAAAGGUAUUUAAUAGUUUUUUGGUGACAAAUUCUUUGAUGGUUCCUGCACGAAUUUAACUCUGAAAAAUCUAUUUUAUUUUGAAAAUAUUCUCGUGAUCUCCGUAUAAAUGAUAAUUACCGAUUUUCGCUUUUUUUGAAGAUGUCGGAGCGAGAAAUGAACGACGGCUAGGCGCCGUUUACUACAACAAGGCGGCAGGAUUCGAGAUAAUCCAAGGAUUUUUGGACCGCGUCAUGCGAGUUUUGGACGUGAACCCGGCGAAAGACGGAACCGGCUACUACAUUGAAGCUGACGACAGUUCGUUCUUCGUUAUUAUUCAUCUGGAAAAAAUAUUUUUUCUAUGAGUUUUUAGAAGUCUCAUAAAAAGGAUGCUUUAGUUUUAGGUGCUGAUUUUUUUUAACAUGUAUAGUUUUUUCCUUGAGAAAAAAUAAUAACACUGCUCUGGGAAGCUUACAGAGAGCUCCACACUUUAACAUUUGAGGAGACUUUAUCAAAAAAAAAUAAUGAUUUUUCAAAGUUUUAUUGGAUGACAGGAGUAAAAAAAUUUUUUUGAGUGUACCGAGAGCUCAUAAAACUUUAAAACGGACAUUUUUGAGUACCGGUUAAGGCAAAAAUCUUGAGAAAGAAGGGAAGUUGCCUUGCCUUUUACAAACAGAACUCUGGUUGAAAAUAAAAAUCGCAACUAUUUUUUCAUUCUUAAAAGUUUUCUCCGAUCUUCCAAUUUUUUCUAUCGGUUAUCAAUAAAAUCUCAUUCAGAUCCGACUUUCUUCCCAGGAAGAUGUGCAAAGAUCAUCGGCCCCAAAGGAGUUCAUUUAGGACAUAUUGGUCAGUUUUUUAAAAGAAAAUUUUUUUCUUGAAAUAUUGUCUGAUUUUUUUUUUUCAAUUUUUGCUCGUUUUCUAUGGCAAAAAUACCUUCCAAUCCUUGCAUUUUUUUUUCCAAGUGUCACUUUUUCUUAUCAAUGUUUUUCAAGGCGCUCUACAUCCUGAAGUGAUCACUGCCUUCGGACUGAAUAUGCCCUGCGGCGCCGUCGAAAUCAACAUUGAACCUUUCCUUUAA